AUGUCUAACGGAGUCGCUACGCCGCUCCCCAGGAAAGUCGCCGUUCGUGUUCCGGCGACGACGGCAAACAUCGGGCCCGCCUACGACACUUUCGGCAUGGCGCUCUCCAUCUUCAUGGAACUGACGGUGGAGUUGGCUGAAACCUUCUCCAUGACAGUGACCGGCGAGGGCCACGAGCACAUCAGCACCGGCGAGGACAACAUGGUAGUGCAGACCUGCCGAAUCGCGUUCGAGGAGUACGCGCACAAGAGUAUGCCGCCACUAAAGUUCAUCAUGCACAACAACGUUCCAUACAGGUGCGGCUGCGGCUCCUCCUCCGCAGCUGCGGUGGCGGGGUUCGUGGCGGGCAUGACGCUCUGCGGUCUCACGAUGGAGACACAAAAUAGAGAGGCGCUGCUCCUCGCCAUCUCGAAGAUCGAGGGGCACUCCGACAACGCUGCCCCAGCCAUCUACGGCGGCAUUCAGCUUGUCUACAAGAAGGAUGAGGAGAGCUUAAUGACGUACCACGUCCCUACUCCGCCAAACCUCGCUAUUGUGCUCUUCGUACCGCAUAGGCUCAUGAAGGCCAGCACCCACGUCACCCGUGAUUUGGUGCCAACCACAGUGUCCCUCCGCGACGCUGUCCACAAUAUUUCCAGCACAGCCAUCUUGACCCUGGCCCUCUCGACCGGAGACCUGCGGAUGCUCAAGGACGCCAGCGACUGCCUCCACGAGCAGCAGCGCUCUAGUAAGCUGUAUCCGCACUACAAUGCGUGCGCCAAGGCCGCGCGAGAGGCCGGUGCUGUGUACUCCUUUCUCUCUGGCGCGGGUCCGAGUGUGUGCGCUAUGGUUCCUGGCCGCCACGGUGAUUUCCUCUCCCAGCCGGAGGGUGAGCGCAAGGCCGAGAUGGUAGCUGAGGCGAUGGUGAAGGCUGCGGAGGCCGUCGGCGUGCACGGGCGGGCGAUCAUCACGAUACCAUCGAACCUCGGUGCUCACCUCCCUGGCACCACAUGCAUCCGUCCGAACAUACAGUACACCAGCAUCUGA